AUGUACAACCAGUUUACCAACUGAGCAAUAAACCAUUUUUAUGUCUUUUAGGUGCCAACCUGAACCAGCAUGAAGGUCUACUUUGCCGCAGUGUGUUCAGUGAUUGCUGGCGUUGCGGUUGUCAUGGACGCAGCAUGUCAUUGCAACACGCCGGACGCCUGUAGCGUGUUCCCCACUACACCCUGCAGCCAGACUGGCGAUCCAGACAGAUGUCAGGAAGGAUGGUUUGGUCCGUACUGUCAGAAACAAAAUGUUGCCUUGAGGAGACCUUCCAUCCAGAGUGCGACAUGGUUUGGAGACCAUCAUUUCACAGCAGACCUUGCAGUAGAUGGCAGAGCCACCACAAUGUACAAGGAAAACCCACCGACAUGUACACAUACGGCCGGUGGAACGUUUACACCCCAUACUUGGACUGUUUACCUAAAUACUUCCAGCACAGACAGGAUACAGAACAUGAGACUCUAUCUACGUGAGAAUAGACUGUACAGAAACGUUGGCAUGGAGAUACUUGUGAGCAGCCAGAUGUGCUACAACUGGUCAUCAACUGAACAUCCUCCUCCUGUAGCUGACGUUACCUGCCGCCAGCCACUAACAGGCAACAACGUCACUAUACGGGUGCCGGGUGGCAAGGACAUAUGCCUUACGUUGUGUGAGGUGCAAAUCUUCGUUUGCAGCGACGGCUGGUUUGGUACAGACUGUGAUAAGAAGUGUAAGUGUCCGAAACACAAAGGACUAUGUGACAAGAUCACAGGAAGAUGUCUCGUUUGUCUGGACUUCUCCUAUGGCAUCAACUGCGCCUCCCAGUGUGGAAACUGCCUGAAUGGUGAUGCCUGUGACAAGACGACAGGGACCUGUCCUAGAGGAUGUGCAUCAGGGUGGACUACUGAUAUGUGCCAGAGUUCUUGCAGUGACGGUCGCCAUGGACACCACUGUCAGUCUGAGUGUGGCCAGUGUAGAGGAAACCUGCCUUGUAACAAGAUCAAUGGAACAUGUCAUCAAAGAUGUCAGCCAGGGUUUCAAGAACCCUUUUGUAAAGAAUGCGUUGAUGGUAUGUACGGGGAUGACUGCAUGUCACGAUGUGGUCAGUGUAAAGAUGACCUAACCUGUAAUAAGUCCAGUGGAGAAUGUCCUGAAGGAUGCCAGGGUAACCUCGUGAAGCCCCUGUGUCAAGACUGUCCAGCAGCAUCAGGACGUUCAAAUUGGGAAGUGCCAGUUGCAGCAACACUCGGUUCACUAGUUGUAUUGGCCGUCAUCGCUCUGUUGACAUCCAUCAUUUACAUUACAAGAAUGAAGAAACAACUAGCUGCUUUACAAAAGAAGCCUGAAAAUGACUACAUGUCUCUAGAUGAGACGACCAGGGAUCCAGUUGUUGAAAGCAUAUAUGAAAACACUGACAACAACGUCCUCUAGACCAUUAGGGUUCAAGUUGAUCAUAUAAAAAAAAGUGGCAAAACCAAUUCCAUAAUAGCAACAAGAAAUAUGUGCCCAAGGCAGGGUCCAUUGGACGAUUCAGACUUUCUAAUGAUCAUCUGUGUCUGAAUCACAAUUAAAUUGUGAUCAUAAUAGGGUAAAUCCAACGUUCUAUUCCACUCAAUUAUGUUUAUGUAUUCGCUUGUGCAACGUAUUAUUUCACUCAUAUAUGCAUCUGUGAGUCAGUGAGUUAAAAUGUAACGUCACCUCUGCAAUAUUUCAACCAUACAGUGACGACAAAAGUUUUGCAUACACAAUAAUUAUAAGUUGUAAAAUUAUCAGUCAUCAAAUUUUAAGGACUGUGAAAUAACUAGAGUAUCACAGAUGGUGUUGAAAACUAGCAUAUAAUACUUAACUAGUUUUUAACGAAGAUAAUACAAUAUAAAAACAGGUUAUCGACCGCCAACAACUGAAGGUAGAUAACCACACUCGGAACUUAUGCAUAUGUAUUCGCCAGUGCAUUGGGUUUUUCACUCAAUAAUGUAUAUGUAUGCGCUAGUCCAUUGUUUAUUUCACUCAUUUAAGUAUAUAUGCGUUCGCUAAUGCAACGUUUUGUUCGACUCUAAUCCGUGUAUGUGUUCGCUAGUGCACUGUUCUAUUCUACUCAUUUAUGUGUAUGUAUUCGCUAGUGCACUGUUUUAUUCCACUCAAUCAUGUUUAUGUAUUCGCUAGUGCAACGGUUUUUUUUCACUUAGUUAAGUACAUAUAUGUAUUCGCUUAUGCAAUGUUUUAUUCCACGCCUUUAUGUACAUGUAUUCGCUACUGCUCAAGUCUCGUGUACAUGCUUAUGCUGUAAGCAUUAAGCCUACUUUGUAAUACAAUCUUAACAAUUUGUCAUUUACCUGAUUUUUGGAUUAAUGUACAUAUUGUGUGACGUCUUAUUUGAUAUUACAUUGGACCAAUAGGUACACUCAUUCACAAGCUUAUGUCCUUAAAUUAAACUACAAUAUAUACACAUUUCAG